AUGGCGCAAGACCAAGCCAAGAUUGUCAUUGAGACUGAUGAUCACGAGAUCAUUGGCUACGCGAGUCAACCGCCCCCUGAGGGGUCAGUCCCAAACCACUUGGACCAGGACUACGUCUUCAAGAGCGCGAUGGAAACCGCAACGCGCCUUGACGAGUUAAUCGUAAAGGUCAACAACCGAGUUCACAAGCCCAUCAGGGGCGCCGAGUGGCUAUCGACGGACGCUAAAGACCUCUGUGAUAGGCUCGUCGAGGCUAAGAAGCCCGUUAUCGAGCUAGUCGACCGGAUCAGAAGGGAUGGACCACCCAUCCGAGAAGAGGAUAACAGCAUGUAUUUGGAACUUUUUGGUUAUUGGAAUGUCAUUGAUCCUCUUAUUUCAGAGGCUGACAAGUUUUUGGGGCACUAA